CGCGGCGCUUCCGGUUUCCGGCGCGAGGGCCUGAGUGAGUGUUUACAGCGGCGGCCCUGCGGCCGGGUUCCUUCCGCGGGACGGGGAGAAAGAGAGAGCGCGAACGAGAGAGGAUGUCUCUCUCAGACUGGCACCUGGCAGUGAAGCUGGCUGACCAGCCCCUGGCCCCCAAGUCUGUUCUUCGGUUGCCAGAGACAGAACUGGGGGAAUACUCACUAGGGGGCUACAGUAUCUCCUUCCUGAAGCAGCUGAUUGCCAGCAAACUCCAGGAGUCUGUCCCGGACCCCGAGCUGAUCGAUUUGAUCUACUGUGGCCGGAAGCUGAAAGAUGACCAGACCCUCGACUUCUAUGGCAUCCAGCCCGGGUCCACCGUCCACGUCCUGCGCAAGUCCUGGCCUGAGCCUGAUCAGAAACCGGAGCCUGUGGACAAGGUGGCUGCCAUGAGGGAGUUCCGGGUGCUGCACACUGCCCUGCACAGCAGCUCGUCCUACAGGGAGGCGGUCUUCAAGAUGCUCAGCAAUAAGGAGUCUCUGGACCAGAUCAUCGUGGCCACCCCGGGCCUCAGCAGUGACCCCAUUGCUCUCGGGGUGCUCCAGGACAAAGACCUCUUCUCCGUCUUCGCCGACCCCAACAUGCUCGACACGUUGGUGCCUGCUCACCCGGCCCUGGUCAACGCCAUCGUCCUGGUCCUGCACUCGGUGGCAGGCAGCACCCCGAUGCCCGGGGCUGAGUCCUCUGCCCGGAACCUGCCUUCCGGCUCGUACCGCGAUGUGCCAGGUGGCUUCCUGUUCGACGCGCUCUCUGACGACGAGGACGACUUCCACUCAAGCUCCCGGCCCACGCCCUCCAGUAGCGCGUCCAGCUCCCGCCCAGCGUCCCUGGGCUACAGUGGGGCGGCCGGCCCCCGGCCCAUCACCCAGAGCGAGCUGGCCACUGCCCUGGCCCUGGCCAGCACCCCGGAGAGCAGCUCCCACACGCCAACUCCCGGCACCCAGGGCCACUCCUCAGGGACGUCCCCGCUGGCCUCCGGCGCGCAGCCCGGGACGCCCAUCACCAGCGACCUCUUCAGCCAGGCCCUGCAGCACGCGCUGCAGGCCUCCGGGCAGCCCAGCCCACAGAGCCAGUGGCAGCCCCAGCUGCAGCAGCUGCGUGACAUGGGCAUGCAGGACGACGAGCUGAGCCUGCGGGCCCUGCAGGCCACCGGGGGCGACAUCCAGGCGGCCCUGGAGCUCAUCUUCGCAGGGGGAGCCCCGUGAACGCCACCCCUCCUGAGCCCCCAGCAAGCUGCAGGGGUGGCCGCCGUCGCCCCUCCCCUCCCCAAUAUACCUGAUGGUCAGCUCUCCCGCCUCGUCCAGUGCGUGGCCUUCUUGGCUGGUCGGAGCUGGGGGCACGUAUUGAGACAAGCGGUGUGUGUGGGACCUGGUACCGUGGCACUGGGGAGCAGGGCUGGGCCUGGUUCUGGGCCCGGGUGGAGGAUUAUAGACCCGUUGUGAGAUUCGGGGUGACACACAGUCAUCUUGGGGAGAGGUUUCCAGGAGUGGCCCGGACUCCCUGGGGCUUUGGGUGUGGCAGCCUCAGAAUGUGGCCAAGGCCAUAGCAGGGCUGCUGCCCAGUCACAGCUUGACCAGAGGCUCCUGCCCCGAGUGUCCACAGUGUAGAGAGGGGCCCGGUAGACUUUCAGGGGGAGCAGGUGGGAGUUGGCGGCCCUCUCAAAGGCUUCCAGAAGAUUCCCCAUGCCUCCCCUAGUCCUGCCAAGCACCCUCUGAUGCCGGACUCCUGGCCCCGGAGCUGCUGCAGGAGGCGGGUCCCUCCCUGCGGCUCUGGGGGCUGACACGUUGCAGGGCUCCCUGUCUCACGCCUGCUGACGUUCUGAGAGCCCUGACCCGUCCUGGCCGCUCAGCUUCUGCUCGUCUCGCUGGGAGGGAGGGUUCGCCCCUCCUGGGGACAGCCUGCUCACCCGUCCAUGGGUGCUGCUUCCAGAGGGGGUUCUGCUUGCCCCUCUGCCCUGGCCUGGUGGGGACCCCAGCAUGUCAGGUUCUUUUCUCUGGACCACCCCCGGCUUAUCAGUGAUGGGUUUAUUUGUUUUAAUUUAUUUUCUCUGUAUUUGAAAAAUAGAGACGGAUCUUCCAUG